AUGCUUGAGUUGGGUGAUUACAACAUUGGAAAUGGUGCUUUAGAAACUGAUGGAGAUAUUGAGGAAGAAGCAAUCUGUGGUGGUGGUCAUGGGGGAUUGGGGGAAGGAGUGAAGAGUGAUGGUCACGAGGAAUGGGAGGAGAAGAAAACCGCAGGUGUUGAUUUAGACGAUAGGGGGAAUUGA